AUGUCAAAGGUGUCCUUUAAGAUCACACUCACGUCGGAACCCUGGCUGCCCUACAAAGUGGUCAGUGUUCCUGAAAGUACACCUUUCACAGCAGUCUUAAUGUUUGCAGCAGAAGAAUUUAAAAGUGCAAUUAGUACCAGUGAUGGAAUAGGAAUAAAUCCUCCUCAGACUGCUGGCAAUGUUUUUCUAAAGCAUGGUUCAGAACUAUGGAUUAUUCCUAGAGAUCGCAUUGGAAGUCAUUAA